AUGCAAUGCCUUCCUCAAGAGCCUCGAUUGAUUUCAGUUUUUGAGACGACACUCUCGAUACAACAAGAUGUUUUAUCAGUCUUUAAUGUUGUAAUCCAAACACCGUCAACGAUGGUGUCUCUUGUUCGAUACCCACUUGAUUUUGUCGAGUUUCAUCAAAAGAUUAAUACCCAUUAUCCACGAUCCACAAACAAAGUACCUUUUCCAGCACUCACAUCACCCGUCAACCAAAUCCAUCGCCUUACACGACGUCGCUCAAUCAAAAACCUGCUCACCUUUAGCAAAAAGUCCAACGCCGACAAGAUUGAAAAGUACCUUCAACGAUGCUUUGAUCAUCCAAUCAUAUCCAUAUCGACCCUUUUGCGUGAUUUUACAAGUGUGCAACGAGACGAGGACAAGGAGAUCCUUUGUGAUAGUAAAUUAGCCAUAGGGUCAGCUACUACUACUACAGGCACCUUACCAGCUACUCCUAUAACACGACCUUCGAUCGACACUGUCAAACCUGCAUGCAACGGCAAGCCUAACAUUGCAAAGCAGCCUGCAGCAUCCAUAUCAACAGAACCACAACCAGCACCAACAACAUCACAACCCGCAUCGGAAAACAGUACUGCAAAUAAUGAUCAGCACGAUGCUGCUGCUGGUGCAUCACUGGACGACUUUGAUUUGCUAAAGGUGCUCGGCAAGGGAUGCAUGGGAAAGGUGUUGCUUGUACGAUCGCGUCAUGACCAACAGCUGUAUGCCUUAAAGACCAUCAAAAAGAAACAUGUCAUCCAACAAAAUGAAGUGGCCCACACCAAAGCUGAGCGUGAUAUCUUGGCACGAAUGCAAGGCAUCCCAUUCCUCAUUGGCCUUCACUACGCUUUUCAAACACCUUCAGAGCUAUUCCUGGUUCUUGAUUACUAUAGUGGAGGUGACAUUGCCACUCAAAUGUCAAUUUAUUCGGCCUUUUCUGCGGAGAGAACCUUGUUUUAUGCAGCUGAGAUUGUUCAGGGAUUGUCAGCCUUGCAUCAGCACGGUGUCAUUUAUAGGGAUCUAAAGCCGGAAAACGUUUUGAUUGGAAAUAACGGCCAUAUUGUUUUGACUGAUUUCGGCUUGUCCAAGAUCUUCGAUGAAAAUGACAAUGGCAUGACGCAAUCCUUCUGUGGUACAGCCGAGUACCUUGCCCCUGAAGUAUUGCUGGGGGAGGCUUACACGUUUACGGUGGACUAUUGGAGUUUGGGUACUUUGUUGUACGAGAUGCUGGCUGGUGUGACCCCAUUUUGGGCAGAGACUCACAUGGAAAUGUAUCGGCGUGUACUUGACGAUCUGCUGGAUUUCCCACAACAUUUUGAUCCUAUCACACGCGACUUUUUAUCAGGUCUUCUAGAACGUGACCCAAGUCAACGAUUAGGAUGGGAUGGAGCUGACUCGGUAAAGGCACAUCCCUUUUUUGAUAGAAUGGAUUGGGACAAAGUGGCACGGCUUGAAUUGACUCCACCCUAUGUGCCGGAAUUGCGCUCCGAAACGGAUCUCACUCACUUUGACGAAGCCUUUAUCAACAUGUCACCCUGUAUUAGUCAAUCCUCUUCCUUGUCAAGUAACCAGGACCCAUUUGAUCAUUUUAGCUUUGAUGCUCGUAGACCCCCUCCACGCCUUUUGCGACAAAAGCUGCAACGCGUGCGUGCACAACAAAAAAAGCAAAUUGGCACCAAGGAUAGAUUUUCAACAUCAUCUUCACUUUUAUCAUUUUCACCAGGCGAGAUUGUGCGUCAUACGGAUACAAUGCCAUCCUUCCUUACAUCCAAUCGAUAUAGUCGUAAGCGGCACAGUGCCAAUGUUGAUCAUCUUGUUGCCACCAAAGAAGAAGAAGACAUACCACGACCUACCACAGACACCUCAUCCUUGUAUUCAUCCAUGACCUUAUCAUCCGUACAUCCUGAUGAAAUCAAUGCAAGGAAUGCUAUUGAAGACGUUAGUGAUACAAGCAACGAUCCCAUCUCGUCAUCAUCCCCUAACACUGAACUUCCCACAUCUUCAUCAGCAAAGCGACCUUCGCCACCCGAUCACAGUCCUUACGUUCGACCCCAUUGUCCCGUUCCAGGCCAAAUGAGAUCCACCACGCUUUCUAUCGCUUCCAAUUCAACUAGCCCUCCCAUCAUCAACAACCGCGACUCGCUAUGUUUAUCCGAUCUCUCAUCAUUUCCACCAGACCAAGCUGCUGUAACAGCAACAGCUGCACCAGAACAUGAUACCGCUAAUAAUACUAGUAGUAAUAAUACCAGCGAUUGGCAGCGCCCCUACUUGACCUUUUCGUCCUAA